AUGGCCUCGCGACAAAGGCUAUCACGUUUAGAUACUGCUCUCGACCAAGAUACGCAACCUCAAAAGACAUCACGGUGGCAAAUACCAGUUUUACCAAAGUUCUCACGACAGAUGCGAGCGCAACAGAGACCAGCACAGGGGCAGCCAAUAGAGCAACAGCAAACACAAUGCGCGCCAGAUCCCUUGACCCCUAUGGCCGGUCCCAAUCAAAAAGUGCAGUCGCGUCAAAUUCAGCAGACAGCCGUAUCUGCUAACCAGACCGUCCCCGUCCCCGUCCCCAUCCCAGCACCAGCACUGGGACUGAGACCAAUCAAGGUCAGACCGUCUGAGCAACAACCAGCACAAGCAGCACAGGCACAAGUAGUCAAAGACGACGAGAACAGAGAGACGGAAAUAAGAGGGUUUCUUCGUCGCCAGCACAAGAUCCUUCUAACAGCCAUAGAUGCCAUCCAACGGGACCGCCAGAUUAUGGCCCAAUCCCAGGAGACCAUCGAUAGUAUCAACGCAAAAUCCUGUGGGAAUUGGCGGCAGAUGUCAGCGACUGAUGUUAAGGAUUUGAGAUCAGAGAAAAACAGGAGAAAGCUUUGGAAACGUGCGAUCGAGGAAAAGAUGGAAGCUUGCAGAAAGAUGAUCGAGUCGAUGGACAAGGCCGAGGCGGAACUGAGGACGAUUCGGCCAUUGACGAGGGAUGAGAAAAGGAACGAUGCCUAUGUUUCCAAAGAACAGAGAUUGGCGGUUGGAGCGCCGGUUGAGGGGGUGGGCAGGGAGUCUGUUAAGGGUAAAUGGUGUAGUUCCUCUGGCGCCAUGGAAAUAUGGGAAAAUGAUCUACGACUUGCGUAUUAUUGA